CAUGUUUACAAGCAUUUCAAAUCACACCAUAGCUAUUGCAGUGAAUAAAUAAACAAAUUGAUAUUUCAAUUGUCAUCGUUGUUGCCGUGCAUUCAAUCGUACGCUUCUAAAGUGUAUUUCGGUUUAAUAACUAUUAUAUUUGAUUAAAGGAUUGAGGAUUUUGUAUGAAUUGUAUGCCAUUUAAGCGAUACUAAGAGUGUUAAUGAAAAUGUCAAACAUAACAAAGAAAGUGCCGCUUUUGAGAUCGUGUCUCGAAGAAUGCUCGCAACCCAUCAAAGCCGACAUUAAAGGGACGAUCCCAUUGUGGCUGAAGGGGACUCUCCUUCGCAACGGUCCGGGACUGACAGAAGUGGGCGCCGAUAAAUACAACCACGUGUUCGACGGCUUAGCGCUUAUCCAUCGGUUCCGCAUAAACAACGGCGCCGUUGAAUACCAGAACCGAUUCCUCCGCAGCGAUACCUACGAGAGUAACCUUCGGGCCAAUCGGAUAGUGGUGUCGGAGUUCGGGACCCACGCCUAUCCC